ACGUUAUUAAUGUGUUGUUAUUAUUACAGGUUUAACAGCAGCGUGAGCCAUGUCUUUCUUCUUCAAAGGAGCGGUUACAAGUUCUCCGGUUAAGACCAGGAGGCAGGAGGCUGAAUAUAUUUGUCACAGUCUUGACGUUUCCCACUUUUCUGACUCCUCCUUUGAGUGUUUCUCCACCAAUCCGCUGACAGGCUCCGUGUGCACAUGCCGCCGAAGCCCCCGGCUACUAGCCAAUGGUUAUUAUGUUAUAACAGAGGACAGUUUUACCACAGAUGACGAGGGUAAUGUCACCCUGACUCCCACACACACGAGCAUCUCAUACAAAGAGAAUCUUGUACGUAUAUUCAGACGAAAGCGUCGCGGAAAAAGAUCACUGGCCAGUCUUCUUAGUGAUGUGAGCCAAUCAUGCCAAUCCUGGCUGGAAGAAAGAGUAUUUAGAAGAACUGGCCCUAUCACCCCACUCCAGACAUCCUCAUGGGAAGAGCUGGACAACAGCUAUGAGACAAACACACCCAUCAGCUUCACCUAUGAUCCCACAGAUCCUGUUUCCUUCCCUGAUAAAGUGCCUCAGACUCAGCUAGAAGAGGAGGAGCCUCCAUGUGAGUCAUGCUCCGCCUAUGAACAAUUCAACCAAUCAGUGAGUGGCCUCCUGGAUAUUCCUCCCCCAUCCAUGUGUCAGCUCAAUAGUUAUAGCACAUCCAGCAAGACAUCAGAAACUGUGCUUAUGAAAGUCCUUCUCCUCAUCCUUACAUUGUGCCUCUGCAUUGCCAUCUCCUCUGGGUGGCUGUUGGGAGGUGUUUCUGCAGCAGUGGCAUUCGUGGUUCUGCUUUCAUCUAUAUGUAUGUCUAAACCUGGAACCGCAGUGCGCUGGAGAAGAGCAAAGACUGAGGACAUCACCUCCAGAAAUGAGUGAGGAGGAACCACACACACCUGUGUGAAGUCUGUCCAAGAGGAGGCCAGAGGAAGUGAGUUUGUGGACACACAUCCUGCAUCAGCAUUAAAUAUUAGUAAUAGAUCAGUUCUUGUAGUGGUGUUUUCACUGAUCAGCUAAAGAGUUCUGAAUAUAAUGAUUACUGAAGAGUUAACAGAACCAGUGAGGGCAGAUGACUGUCACAGGAAAUGUUACGUGCUAAGAAAAGCAUGCAUUUUUUAAACAGAUGGACAUAUCAAUGCAGAAUGACCAUUCAGUAAAUGUUUAAGAAUUUGAUCAAUUCUCCUAAAUGAAAGACUGGAUUGCAUUAUGAGGGAUUCUGUGAGUCAGUGGAGAUGCCCUGCAUGACAGCGCAUAGAAGUGAAAUGUGUCAGUCGUGUUUGUAAAUGAAUCAGCUUGGCUUGGUUAGACUCUUCAACAUGGUGACCAGGGCAUUAUGUGUUAUUGCCCAGCUUGUUUAGUCAGAUUAUCAGAUUAUAAAAAAAUAAAGAUUACUGCAAAACCUAGCUUAAUAUAAUAAUAUCAUGGCUUUGCAGGAAAUCUUUAACUUUUGAGAAGUUGUAGCAAAAGAAAUGCCAGUUUAGCUUUGCACAGAUGCCUCAUAUUUGUCAAGUGCCUUUGUUAUAUGAAACAAGAGGAGUGUUAUUGCCAUUUGCCAGGGUUAAAGUCACACAUCCAUGCUUUGUGAUUUAAGAGGGCUGAAAUUUUAAGCACAGAGUGCUGCUAAAAGAAGCGCAAUAAUUCAGUUUAUUAUAAAAACCUUGCACUUAAAAUAGGAGUUAAAGCUCUUGUUUCACAAGGACUUAAGACAAUUAAACCUUGUUUGCAGAGAAUUAGUGCUGCUAAAGAUUAACAUGUACUCGAUAU